AGGCAUCGGGGCGCGCAGGCCUGAGCUCGGGUGACGCUUUUGGAGAGGGUCAGACGGCGGCCGAGAUAUGCGAGCGGAGGAGCUCUGCGCCCCCGGAGCGCCCCGCGGCCCGGGCACCCACGACGGGACCCAUCGAGCCCGGACCCCGGAGCUGCGCCUGUCCAGCCAGCUGCUGCCCGAGCUCUACGGUUUCGCGGCGCGCGUGCUCUUCUACCUGGCCCCGGUGUACCUCGCCGGCUACCUGGGGCUCAGCGUCACCUGGCUGCUGCUCGGAACCCUGCUGUGGAUGUGGUGGCGCCGGAACCGCCGCGGGAAGCUGGGGCGCCUGGAGGCCGCCUUCGAGUUCCUGAACCACGAGCGCCAGUUCAUCAGCCGCGAGCUGCUGGGCCAGCACCUGCCUGCCUGGAUCCACUUCCCAGAUGUUGAAAGAGUCGAGUGGGCCAACAAGAUCAUCACGCAGAUCUGGCCCUACCUCAGCAUGAUCAUGGAGAACAAGAUCCGGGAGAAACUGGAGCCCAAGAUCCGGGAAAAGAGCACUCACCUGCGGACCUUCACCUUCACCAAGCUCUGCUUUGGACAGAAGUGCCCCCGGGUGAAUGGUGUCAAGGCACACACUGACAAAUGCAACCGGAGGCAGGUGACCCUGGACCUGCAGAUCUGCUACACUGGGGACUGUGAGAUCAGCGUGGAGCUGCAGAAGAUCCGUGCUGGCGUCAAUGGCAUCCAGUUACAGGGCACACUGAGGAUCAUCCUGGAGCCCCUGUUGGUGGACAAACCCUUCGUGGGAGCCGUGACGGUGUUCUUCCUUCAAAAGCCACACCUGCAGAUCAACUGGACGGGCUUGACCAACCUGCUGGACAUGCCAGGCAUCAAUGAGGUGUCAGACAGCCUGCUGGAGGACCUCAUCGCUGCCCACCUGGUGCUGCCCAACCGUGUGACGGUGCCCGUGAAGAAGGGGCUGGAUGUGACCAACCUGCGCUUCCCUUUGCCCUGCGGGGUGAUCAGAGUGCACUUGCUGGAGGCUGAGAAGCUGGCCCAGAAGGACAGCUUCCUGGGGCUCGCAGGCAAGUCAGACCCCUACGCCAAGGUGAGCAUCGGCCUGCAGCACUUCCAGAGCAAGACCGUCUACAGGAACCUGAACCCCACUUGGAAUGAGGUCUUUGAGUUCAUGGUAUAUGAAGUGCCUGGGCAGGACCUGGAGGUGGACCUCUAUGACGAGGACACUGACAAGGAUGACUUCCUGGGCAGCCUGCAGAUCUGCCUCGGAGACGUCAUGAGCAACAGAGUGGUGGACGAGUGGUUUGUGCUGAACGACACCACCAGCGGGCGGCUGCACCUGCGCCUAGAGUGGCUGUCGCUGCUCACUGACCAGGACGCAAUGGCGGAGGAGCACGGUGACCUCUCCACUGCCAUCCUCGUGGUCUUCUUAGAGAACGCCUGCAACCUGCCCAGGAACCCUUUUGACUACCUGAAUGGUGAAUAUCGAGCCAAAAAACUCCCCAGGUCUGCCAGAAAUAAGGUCAGCAGAGACCCUUCCUCCUAUGUCAAGCUGUCUGUAGGCAAGAAGACCUAUACAAGUAAGACCUGUCCCCACAGCAAGGACCCGGUGUGGAGCCAGGCAUUCUCCUUCUUUGUACACAGCGUGGCAGCCGAGCAGCUAUGCCUGGAGGUGCUGGAUGAUAACCAGGAGUGUGCUCUGGGCGUGUUGGAGUUCCCCCUGUGCCAGAUCCUCCCCUGUGCCGACCUCACCCUGGAGCAGCGCUUCCAGCUGGACCGCUCAGGCCUGGACAGCCUCAUCUCCAUGAGACUGGUGCUGCGGUUCUUGCGCGUGGAGGAACGAGAGCUGGGAAGCCCAUACACAGGACCCGAUGCCCUAAAGAAAGGCCCUCUGGUCAUCAAAAAGGUGGCCACCAACCAGGCUCCCAAAGCCCCACCCCAAGGAAUUGACCCUCUGGAUUUACCAUGUCCUCCAGACUCUGCUUCUGCCACCAAGGGAACCUCUACAAACACUGACAUCACCACCAGUACUGCCACUGCUGCCACCCAGCCUGAGCCCCAAGAGACAUGCCCAGAGCCUAAAGGCAAGGACAGUGCCAAAGGGCUCUGUGAGCCCAUGGGGAAGAAGAGCUCAACCAUCACCUUCCUGACUGUCCCAGGCCCCCACUCUCCGGGGCCCAUCAAGUCACCCCGACCCAUGAAAUGCCCUGCCUCCCCGUUCGUAUGGCCGCCCACGAGGCUGGCUCCCAGCAUGUCCUCGCUCAACUCCCUGGCCUCCUCCUGCUUUGACCUGGCAGACACCAGCCACAACACUGAAGGUGGGGAGUGGCGGCGGCUGGGCGAGAUUCAGCUCACGGUGCGCUAUGUGUGUCUGCGGCGCUGUCUCAGGGUGCUAAUCAACGGCUGCAGAAACCUGACACCUUGUACCAGCAGUGGAGCUGAUCCCUACGUCCGCAUCUACUUGUUGCCAGAAAGGAGGUGGGCAAGUCGAAGAAAGACCUCAGUGAGGCGGAAGACCCUGGAACCUCGGUUUGAUGAGACGUUUGAGUAUUUUGUUCCCAUGGAAGAAGCACAGAAGAGGACCCUGGAUGUUGCCGUAAAAAACAGCAGGCCGCUUGGCUCCCACAGAAGAAAGGAAUUAGGAAAAGUGCUGAUUGAUUUAUCCAAAGAAGACCUGAUUAAGGGGUUUUCACAGUGGUAUGAGCUGACUCUGGAUGGACAGCCCAGAAGCUGAUGACAAGCUAUCACCACAGGACUUGCCUGAAUCAUGCAGCAGAGUGUAUCCUGGGCCUGACAUGGGGUCAAGAAGGUCUCUUCUGGAAGCACCUACCAGCAACCUCGGAAGCUACUGACCAAGAGAGGACACUUCUUUUGUGAAAAUAAAAAGUGACCCAACCCAAAACUGCUAAGGCCCUUCUGGCUGCCACCUGUGGUCCUUGUAUGCCCAGAGAUAUGUUCCUGGUUCUGAUUCAAGCUACAGUGUUCCUAAUGGCAACAAAUAGGAAUGAUCAAGUUAAGUACUCUGGUAUAGAAGGGACUGGCACAUGGCAUUAUUCCCAUGGGAAACCCAAGCCCAGGCCAAACCCUGAACUCACACAGCGAGCAGAGCACUGGCUGUGGAAAAGCCACUACCUCGUAGGCAAGGGGACUUUCUCCGCCUGCACGCACAAACUAGGAAUUUACCCCAUGUUUCUGAAAGAUGGAUGGCCCACCCAGAUACCAUGUUAACAGCUAAAGAUGUAAGUUAU